AUGGGGCUUUGUGCGUCCCAGGGCUCAGCGCACAAGAAGUUUGCGGAGGCGCCGACCCAGCCCAAGCCGCAGACCAGGGAAUCGACUGCUGCACCUGAUGAUGGGUCUCAAUCAGAACCAUCCGAUGACGAGGAGGCUGGCACGAGGUCUCGCUGGGCGGACGUUUCGACGGAGUUCUCCAGCAGGAUCAACAACUUGAUCCUGCAUUCAACAGGAAACAUCAACAAGUUCUACGGACUCCAAGCCGACAAGCUUGGUGAAGGUGGCUUUGGCUUCGUUGUGGAGGCCAAGAGUCUGUCGACCGGGAACAGAUAUGCCGUCAAGAAGGUCUCCAAGGCUAAGGCGAAACAAAAACGCUUGGAGAUUCGCAGUGAGAUCGACAUCAUGAAACUGACGGACCACCCCAACGUGGUGAAGCUCCAUGAAACCUUCGAGGACCGCUCUCAGAUGUACUUGGUCAUGGAGCUCUGUGCCGGUGGCGACCUGGACAAACACAUGAAAGGGCAAGGUGGUCCCUACAGUGAGCACCAGGCCGCUAUCCUCAUGGACCAGAUUUUAAAAGCAGUGUCCUAUCUCCACGACUGCAAAAGCAUUUGUCACAGAGAUUUGAAGCUGCAAAACUUCCUCUUCUCUCGGAAGGCGCCUGUGGAAAACAACGUGCUGAAGCUGGCGGACUUCGGCCUGGCCUGCAGCUUCGAGCCUGGGGGAGUGCUGGCGACAAAAGCCGGCACGGUGUCAUAUUGCUCGCCGCAGGUCCUGGGAGGUGUCUACGACAACUCUGCAGACUUGUGGAGCUGUGGCGUCAUCAUGUACAUGCUGCUGGCCGCGCAGCCGCCCUUCCCUGGCAAAAACGAUGCCGAGGUGGCUCAGCGUGUGCGGAAGGGGAACUAUGUCUUCAACGAUGUCGCAUGGUCCGCGGUGUCCGAGGAGGCAAAGAACCUCGUGCGAAAGCUCCUGAAGUAUCAGCCCUUCGACAGGGCCACUGCAGUCCAGGCCCGUUCACAUGCCUGGUUCCAGUAUGCAGCGCCGUUCCUUCGGCACGCGAUCCCUGUGCAGCCAAGCGUGGUGUCGGACUUACUUCGCUUUUCCAGAAAGACCACGUUUCAAAGGGCUGCUCUGCGCGCUCUCGCAAUGCAGCUCGGCCAGGAGGCUGUGGACCGCUGUUCCCAGGACUUCGCAGCCUUGGACUACAAAGGCAUGAGCUUCUUGUCCCUGCAAGAUCUCGAGGAGCUUCUGGAGAUGCCAGACCUCGAGCCGGUCCACCACGAGCUUCGGCAGGUAGCCGCAGUCGUUUGGACUGACAUCCGUCAUCAGCUGAAAAAGCUGGAACAGUUCUGCCACGCAGCCAUCGAGCUCGCGCAGAUCAGUCAAGACACAACAGUCAUAACUAGCGCCUGCACGGCUGCGGCCAUGUUGCUGCUUGGGGCCUUGGGCACAAUGUUUGGCCUGCUGCUCUCCCGAAGUCGGGAAGUCGCUGACCUCGCCAGCAGCAUAUUCGGGUCCUUCGUCGCCGUCACCGGAGAUGCCCAUCAAGCCAAAGUGGCACAGGACAUAUUCCGCCAGCAGGUUCGAUACGAGAGAUCUAUACAGAUUCGCGAGGACAUGCGCGAUGUGAACAAACUGAUGAUGGAGAGUGUCCAAACCCACGUCAUCAUGGGCAGUAUCAUACUUGGCGUUUGUUGGAACAUGUGCAUUGAAGGCUUCCCACCGGAAGAGACGGAGCGUGCUGUGGUGGGUCUUUGGUUGGUGUUCACUUGCUGGUCUGUCACUUACACCCUCAUUGCGCUUUGGCUGGCUCUGCGGUUUCAAAUGAAAAUGUCCUCCAGUGCCCGCGACCGUUUGCUCCGGCGUCACCGCCUCAUGGUGCCUGAUGAUCUAGUUGUUGGUCGGAUGGGCGGGCACAACGUAGUCAAUCAGGUUGCCAACUUUCACAGCUGGAUGCUCACUGCCAUCAACAACCUCACGUCGACAGAUGCCGCCGUUGAGGAUGACAGUGCCAUCCGUGUUCGGGGUCGACGCCAUCUCGGCUUGCGUGUGCAAGUGGAACCAAGUGAAGGGUUUGUCGAUGUGGAACCGCUUCGCAAGGGCAUGCAUGCGUGGCUGCACCCGGAAGGGGACGGCUGGUCGCACCACACUUUGCUGGACAUUCCCUUCUUUCUGACAGGGGAGACCCUUAUCCGGAGUCCUUGGCAGUUCAAUGGUGAGCGGCCUUUGGCUUUUAGAGUGUACGGGGAGGCAACCCUGUAUGUGGCUGCUCAGUGCCCACCACUGCGCACGCAGAACAAGCAGAGGAACGAGCCCUCGACCUCUUCAACCAACAACCAUGGAUUGAAGAAGGCCUUGUGGUUAGCGGGUCAAGUGCCUGACUGGCCUGCAGACGAGCUUCCGCUGGCCACGCAGGGUUUUCACGAGGACUGGGCUGGGGAGAGCGGCUGCGGUGAGUUUCGGCGAGUGGAAGGCUUUUCGAUGUACGUGGAUCGCAACGAUAUCGAGAUGCCUGUAUACAAGCUGGUCCUGGCGAACCCUAGUUAUGGAAACUACGUCGAUGUGGUGGUGAACUGGAACUUCAAAGCUGGCUGCGAGGCUCUGGUCGUGGUCGUGAGGAAAGGCCAAGUCCACUGUAAGGAGGAGGACUGGCCCCUCGCAGAGUUCAACGCGGAAGUCAAGGAGGUCUUGAACCUCCGGCACUACUCCGGGCUGUACUUGCGCCAUGGGACCAGCUGUUUGGUUCUGGCCUGCUGUGUCCUUUACCUGGCCCGCAUGAGCGUCCUGCUCCGGGGCGCUAGAUUCUGGUGGUACGAGUCCACGCUGGUGGCGAUAGCCAUGCUGCCGUCGAUCGUUGCCAUACGAAUCAUGCCUCUCGACGUCUGGGAGAAGGAGACAGUGCUCAGCGAGGUAGGGCGCAACCAGCCGCAGCAGAAGGCUCUGGACGAGGUGAAUGUUGUUUCGCCGCAGCCGACACCCGUGAAUGUGGAGCACGUCGACAGUGAGCCACGUCUGCUGUUGUCGCGGCCGGGGCUGAACGAGGACGGUGAAGACCUGCCAUCUGUGUUCGCGGUAUCUCCACAGAGCGCCAGUCCUGGUGUGCUGCAGGGGCCCGCCAGGAUGCUUCUGCAGCGGGAAGCCGAACAGGCCGCACAAAGCGAGGUCGCGCAGCGUGGCACCGCCGCCACGAGAUCGCAGUCGGCCCCUGCUCGAACUAGAGAAGUGCCGUCUUUCGGCCUGCGUGGCUGCUGCACUGAAAUUCAGGGUCGGCUGGAGAACUGCCAGAUUGUGGCUCACGACAGUGAGCGGCACACUAUCCGGAAUCUCCGGCAACAGGCCCUUCCUCCGCCACAGCCACGCUCCGAUGCUGGUUUGCCUCCAGAGGCUACGCCACAUUCUCCAGCGACUCCACCUCUCCAGAUUGAGACCGAGAACCUCGACACCAAGACUGACCCUUUCCACCUCAACGUGAGCUUCGAGCCAAAGGCGAAGCCACCAUCUUCCCCUAAGCGACGGUGUUUCCGGAGGUGCCAAUGGCAAGUGCCGAAAACGGGUCAAAAUCUCUUCAUGGGAACGCUGCUCUUGGAAGCUCUCCUGGCGCUUUCGUGCAUAUCAACGUUGAUCACGCUGCCGUGGGCGUCUUGGUCGCAGACAUCCAGCCUGGAAUGGAUUCCGCUGCCUAUUUCCUGGCCGGCACUUUUCCGACCAACGGCUGUGCUGCAUUCAAGCGUGCUGCGCAUGGCAGCGGGUCCCGUUCUGCGCUCCUUCAGCGCCGGCAGCUUAAGCUGGGGGCCUGCGGGGACGCCUGUCUUGCUGCCUCAUCAUGCUCGAGGGCUCGGAGUCUGGGCGGACGAGUACGUAAUCCUGGGCCAGAGCGGGCUUUAUCUGGUUGAAGAGACGGCCGUGGCUCCGCAACUGCAAACUGCGGAAACUGGACUGGAUCCACUUGAGCUGCUGGACUUACCCGGUAGCGUGAAUGGCAGCUACCUCGCCUACCCAGCCAGGGUCCAAAGUGCAAUUGCCGGCACCGUCGCAAGCAUUUCGGGGAGUUCUACCGUUGCGGCCGUUCUCUUGGCGACCUCCGACGAAGUCUACCUCUGCAGAAUGACGAACAGCACAGGAAGCGUUUCUUUGGCUUUCGUCUCCAACUUGAAGCCGGUGGGGGAAGCAUUGAGCCAAAUCACGGGCCUGUACAUGUGCCCACAGGGACAAUGUGCCUCGCAGGCUGUGCUUUGGAUAUCUAUGUCUCAGGGCCGGCUUGCUGCCAUUGGCUUCGCAUCCGGGAAGGUGCUGGCAGUGUUUCCAGCUUCUUCCAGCUUUGCUGCAUCGACUUCGACGCUGGUGACUGGCAACAGCACGCAUCUGAUUCUUGUGGCCGUCAGUGAAGGCACCUUACCUACAGCGCAACACUUCAGGAUUUGGGGAAACAUUGAGGGGUCCGGUGUGGCUCCCUUGGCGAUCUUGCAGCACCCAGCGCAAUUGCAGGCGCUGGGAGUUCGCGGCGUCGUAAACCUCUGCGACGAGUACGGUGGACCGCAGGCUUCCUACGACCGCAUGGAGAUCACGCAGCUUCGCCUGCCGACGGUGGACCACUACGAGCCUUUGUUGGAGGAUCUCCUGAAGGCCGUCGAAUUUAUUGAGAAGUUCAGACAGCGUGGACACAAAGUUUAUGUCCACUGCAAAGCUGGACACGGCCGUGCGGCUGCAGUCGCGCUAUCCUGGAUGAUCUUCACCAGCAAAGCACAUGGUGAGGAAGCUGUGCGGGAACUCAAUGCCAAGCUGGCCCAAAAGCGCCGCGUGCGGGGGAGCUUGUACAGGCAAGCCAACAUACGGGCUUUCAUGGCAAAGCUUGAUUCCACAGGCUGGUGUCUCGGUAUCAUGCUCGCUUCAGGCGUUAGGGGGUAG